UCCCCAUUCCACCGAGGUAUACUUAUAAAAAACGUUCAAUCCUUUGGUGAAAUCACUCGUAACUUCACCUGUAGUUGAAAUGCUUGUGCAGUGGAUUUUCCUGGCCUUCAGCGUCACCCUGGUUUCCUCUAAAUGGACUCCGGAACGAAUCGUGGGAGGUGACCAGAUAUCCAUUCUAUCAGUUCCCUGGCAGGCUUCCAUUCUGUGGUUUGGAUAUCAUCACUGCGGUGCAGCCAUCUACAGUGAAGACAUCGUCAUAACGGCAGCCCACUGCCUCACCGGCUACGACUCCGAGUUCCUCUCAGUGAGAGUCGGCUCAUCGUACACAUUAUUCGGUGGUCAGGUGGUGGGGGUAUCCAGUUUCCUGUUACACGAGGAGUACGGCCGGUCCUGGUCCAACGAUAUAGCCGUGAUGAGGCUUCAAUCCAAGCUCCGGCUGGGAACUGGAGUCAGUGUCAUUCCCUUGGCCGAUACUUCUCCGGCCAGUGGAUCUCCUGCCAUCGUUUCGGGAUGGGGAGCCAUUGGUUACAAGAAGAAGUACCCCAAGUCCAUACUGUCCGCUUCGGUGAGCAUUGUGGACCACGAUCAGUGUCGCAGGUCGUACGGAAGAAAAAUCACCAAGGACAUGAUCUGUGCGGCCGCUCCAGGAAAGGAUGCCUGCUCCGGCGAUUCGGGAGGUCCUCUGGUCUCCGGUGACAAGCUCGUUGGGAUCGUUUCCUUCGGCAAGGAGUGCGCUCAUUCCAAAUUCCCUGGAGUCUACGCAAACGUAGCUGAGCUGAAGCCAUGGAUAUUGGGCGCUAUCGAAAGAAUAACUAACUCAAAAUAAAUAC